AGUCAUGCAGGAAAACCUCAGGUUUGCUUCAGCAGGAGAUGAUAUUAAAAUAUGGGAUGCUUCAUCUAUGACCUUGGUGGAUAAGUUCAACCCCCACACAUCGCCACAUGGAAUCAGCUCAGUAUGCUGGAGCAGUAACAACAACUUUCUAGUGUCCGCCUCCUCCAGUGGCGACAAAAUCGUGGUCUCAAGUUGCAAAUGUAAACCUGUUCCACUUCUAGAACUCGCUGAAGGGCAAAAGCAGACAUGUGUCAAUUUAAAUUCUACGUCUAUGUAUUUGGUCAGUGGAGGCCUAAAUAACACUGUUAAUAUUUGGGAUUUAAAAUCAAAAAGAAUUCAUCGAUCUCUUAAGGAUCAUAAAGACGAGGUAACCUGUGUAACCUACAAUUGGAAUGAUUGCUACAUUGCUUCUGGCUCUCUUAGUGGCGAAAUUAUUUUGCACAGUAUAACCACUAAUUUAUCUAGUACUCCUUUUGGCCAUGGAAGUAGCCAGUCUGUGCGGCACCUGAAGUACUCCUUGUUUAAGAAGUCCUUGCUGGGCAGCGUUUUGGAUAACGGAGUAGUAACUCUCUGGGACGUGAAUAGCCAGAGACCUUACCACAACUUCGGCAGUACCCACAAGGCCCCAGCGUCAGACAUCUGCUUCUCUCCUGUCAAUGAAUUGCUGUUUGUAACCACAGGCUUGGAUAAGAGAAUCAUCCUCUAUGAUACCUCAAGCAAGAAACUGGUGAAGACGCUGGUGGCUGAUGCACCUUUAACUGCAGUAGAUUUCAUGCCUGAUGGAGCCACUUUGGCAAUUGGAUCUUCUCGGGGGAAAAUAUAUCAGUAUGACUUAAGGAUGCUGAAAUCGCCUGUUAAAGCCCUCAGUGCUCACAAGACAUCUGUGCAGUGUAUAGCAUUUCAGUACUCCACUGCUCUUGCGAAGUCAAGUUUAAGUAAAGGUUGUUCCAGUAAGCCCAUAGCAGCGAGCAAGCGAACCGCUAAUGUGAGCGCAGAGAGCGGCAUUCAGAACCCGGGCAUUGGCAGAGAAGGCCCCACAACCCCCACUGCCACAGUUCUGCCUCAGCCCAUGACAGCCGCUGUGGGGAAGGGCGCGGCUGCUGUUCCAGACAAAGCAGGUUUGCCUCGAAGCAUAAACACUGAUAUUUUAUCUAAGGAAACAGACAGUGGAAAAACUCAGGAUUUCUCCAGCCUUGAUGAUACUAAGACAAGUAGUUUAGGUGACAUGUUCUCACCUAUCAGAGAUGAUGCGGAGGUCCACAAGGGAGGCGAUGAGUCCACAGGCAGAGGAGACGAUGGCCUUGACUUUCUUCCGCAGCUGAACUCCGUGUUUCCUCCAAGAAAAAAUCCAGUGACUUCAAGUACUCCAGUAUUGCAUUCUAGCCCUCUUCAUGUCUUUGUGGGGUCUCCAGGGAAAGAAGAAAAUGAAAAUCGUGACCUGACAGCUGAGUCUAAGAAAGUGUGUCUGGGAAGACAGGACCCUAGAGACACCUUUAAACAGUUUGCAAAGUUGAUCACCUCCGGUGCUGAAACUGGAACUCUAAAUACCUCUCCAUCAUCUAACCAAACAAGAAAUUCUGAGAAACUUGAAAAGCUGGAGAAAGACACUGAAGCCCAGUUUAUAUGUGAACCCCCAAUCAAUGGGUCCUCAACUCCAGAUCCAAAGAUAGCAUCCUCUGUCACAGCUGGAGUUGCCAGUUCACUCUCAGAAAAAAUAGCUGAUACCAUUGGAAACACCUGGUCCAGUGCGCCCUUGACAUCCAUUCAGAUCCGCUUCAUUCAGAACAUGAUACAGGAAACACUGGAGGACUUCAGAGAAGCAUGUCACAGGGAUAUUGUGAAUUUGCAAGUGGAGAUGAUUAAACAGUUUCAUAUGCAACUGAAUGAAAUGCACUCUUUGCUGGAAAGAUACUCAGUGAAUGAAGGUUUAGUGGCUGAAAUUGAAAGAUUACGAGAAGAAAACAAAAGACUACGGGCCCACUUUUGAAAUUUCCGUGAAUACCCUACUGUUUGUAAUUGGGGAUUUUCUGGCAGCACAGAACUACAUAGAAUCUGUUGUUUUCAUGGCUUCUGGGGGAAAAAGUUUGUUUUCAGGUAAAAGGGUGAUGGGAUUUUACACCAGCCAUUUCAUCUCUGACUAUUAAAAAAUUUAUAUUUUUAUAUUAAGAAACGGUACAGUAUGUCAUCUACCGAACAGGAAGUCAUCAGAAUCUAUUUUCUGAAAGCUUUAGCUAUACACUAAGUGCCCUUUGUCAUAAGAGAAGAAAAUUGUGCAUAAAAAUAGGUAAUGUUUUUUAAUCACCUUUUUUUCACAUAUAUUUUUGAUUGACAAAUUACCUUCCAAAUUUUUUGAGAGUAGUUGAGGUUUAAAGAGUUUGAUAUGCCUUCUAUUUCUAUGGAAAAAGUAACUUUAAAAUGACAAUUGGUAUUUCUAAGCCAUAGACUAAUAAAACACAGGGUUGGCUAGUAGUUACUUUGUUAACUUGAUGAAGUCAAGUAUGACUAUUAUUUAUUACUUGUUUAUUUUUAUAAGACAACUUUUGGAAUUUUGAAUUGCACAAAUUACAUGAUAUCUUUUGCAUUUGUGUUACUAUAUUGUACAUUGUACUUCUGACAAAUCUCUACUCUUGGGUGACGUUUUUUAGCUAAUUUACCUAUGAAAACUUUUUAAGGUUUAUGGGACUGAACAAGAGCUUUAUAUCUGCUGAUUAUCUCAUGAAUUAAUAACAUGCAAAAUUACACUGUAGAGUUUCAAUCAGCACGACUCAACUUACAGUCAUCUUAGACACUAGAUAUUACAGUAUUAUUGCCAUUUUCUUUCAAGUGAGAAGUAUGGAUUUUUGUGUGUGUGUGGUUUGUAUCAUUGCUUUUGUCUAAUUCUUUGCUGUGCAUAUUUCAUGAUUGGCCUUAUCAUAAAGUUGUUUCAAAGGUUAAUUGUUAAAAGAGUUUACACCUCCUUGGCAAUAGGUGGAUGUACACAUCUACCUGCUGUGAUCCACAGUUUUGGUGGAAUAAGAUUAGGAGGGCUCCUGCCUUGUCUGCCUUCCUGUUACUUGUCCCAAAGACCUAUACUGUGUGUCUUGUAUGUAGCUCUCCUGCCCCGUUUUGACUUCAGAGAUGAAUAUAUUUGCUAAAAUUUAAAAACAAACAACCAGCUUAGUUUAUUAACAUUAUGGUUUUCCAAAGUGAUGGAAAUUUUUAAGGUUAUACUUCAUAAUUGUAAACUUACUAAUAAUUAUUUCCAAAAAUAAAAACAGGACUAUUACUUUUCCUCAGUGUGGCUUAUAAAAUACAUCUGUAUUGAAACAUAUAGGAGUGUUAAUGUGAUCUUUUCCUGACAGGUUAUGAAAGCAUUAUGACUUGUAACAAGUUUCAUUUUAUAUCUCUAUCAAACAGGUUUAGAGCACAUAAAUAUUAGUACAUUUUACCUGUAUUCUGUAUUUAAAUUUAAUAAUAUUUUCCUAUUGCCUUUUAAAAAAUAAAUGCACAUAAUGUGUAUUAAAAGAGAUGGGAUAAAUAAAAAUUUUUUAGCAGUGUUAUAUGUGUAGAUAAAAUCUUUUUGUCGUAGAAUUUAAAAGCUAAGUAAGUACAAAAAAUAAAAUUUUAUGUGCAAAAACCAGGAAACUUGAAAUUAAAAUUUUGUUUCUGGCAAAAUGGCAUAAUAGAGAUUGGACUUACUUUCCCACCUGAAAACUUGAAAAGAGAUAAAAUAUGUGAAACAGUUGUCAGAUAUUGUACAUGAGGAGACACAAGACACUGAUCCCUGAGAGAGGAAAAAAGUAAAAUAUAAGAAAUUCAGUGAUCACCAAAGAGAAGAAAUAAUACGAAAACUAUAGCAAGAUGCAUCAUAUUCAAAUUCCUUAAAACCAGCAACAAAGGAGAAUUGUUGAAGGUAGCGAGAGAGAAAAGAAACAGAAGGACAAAGAUGAGUGUGCCAGACAGGGGAGCAGUAUCUUUAAAGUACCAAAAGAACAGCGAAAAUGUUUUCCAAAAACAAACAUGACCCGGAAAUGCUGAAAGAGUUCACUACGUGCAGACUUGUCUACAGUAAGUGUUCAAGAAGCCUUUGGUGGGAGGAAGUGAUAUUAGACAGAAGCCUGCACCUACGUCAAGGAAUGAAGAGUGCCAGAAAGGCACAUGGUGAGCAUAUGUGAAAGACAGCUUUUCUUAUUUUGGAUUUUCUUUAAAAGGUAAUAAAUUGUUUAUAGCAGAAA